AUGCUGCCCGCGGUGCAGAGGCUGGGUGAUGGCGAGGACCAGGCCAGACGAGACACGAUGCCAGGGGACCACCAAGCAGCCCACGCCGCGCAUUCACCAACGCAGACAUCCUUCCCGCCCGAGCGAGCGCGCUCUUCCAACCCGUCGACUCCUGCGCCCUUGCCUGGCCAUCCGUCCUACAACCAACCGACCUCGCCGCCCGCCCAGGGUGCGCUGCCCCCCAUCGCGUCCGCCCUGUACCCGCGAGACCCGCCGCCGACAACCAAAUACUACGAUCCCACGUCAGACCAGGCCUAUCCGGCUGCAGCCAGGGCCGAUCCGCGUUACAACGGCCACUAUCCCGCCCAGCCUCGAGAGCCCUACAGCUACCCCGACUCGCGACCAGGCGGCGGCCCAUAUCGCUCACCCGUAGCCGCGACCUUCCAUCCACCGCUGGCCCACCCGCCACCUCAGUCUUCACACUCCGGGCAUCAACUCGACCGCCCUCCUCACUCGCCGCCAUCGCCGAAGCUGUACCACGAGCACAAUCGUAGCAUAAUGUCCGGCCCGCCGGUCGCCACCCCCAGGCGCCCGUCCGCAGAGACUCCUGCUCGCGCCGAUCCAAUGUCGUUAUCGAGCAUCAUGUCCGGCUCGGAUCCCGCACCCGCCCCGGCAACCCCGUCCUACCCAUCCUCAACACCUCAACCACCCAGGUCAUAUGUCACCAUUAAAGAAGAACGUGCUGCCCCAUUGCCGAUCCCCGCUGAUGCGAGAUCACACUCACUCAACCACAGCCCCGAGCACUCGUUCGUCAAUGGCACCUCGGAACCUCUACGCCCCAUUGCGGGAAACAUCGAGGAGGUUGACCCGAGAGUGGUAGAUGCCGAGUAUGCGAAGAUAGAGAACAUGGAUAUCAGCGAUGUCGAACUGCCUGGACAGGAGAUGUUUAGGGAAGACUACAUGCAGCGUCGCAAGAGGAAACAUCGUGAGAUCGAUGACAAGGAAGCCGCUACGCGCAAGCGUCGACGGACUGCUCAAGUAAAGAGAUUGCAAGACUCAUUUGCAACCCACGCCGCAAGCGCCAAGAUUCACUAUUUCGCGCAACAUGAGGGAGAGGCCUGGCAAGAGGUCCAAGCCCGUGAGAUCGCGGACGAGAAAGAGCGGAAGAAGGACAUGCAGCGAAAGCGGAGGCGUGAGAAGACUCUGCAGAAUGAGUUCCAGAAACGCGACGAGGCACUGGCCAAGGCUGAGAAUGCCGCAGACGAAGAAGAGGCAAGAAAAUGGAUCCACGAAGCGGAGAAGGCUGAGCUGAAAGCCAAGAACACGAACCGCUUGUUGCAGGGAGGCACACCUAACGCCGAUAUCCGCGAGGUCACUCCUCACGCGCCCAACAUGGAGGGUGGCACAAUGACGACGUUCCAAAUGUCUGAGGAUACUUCUAAGGAUGGAAGGAAGGCCAAGGGCAGAUCUGGUGCCCGUCCGAGAAAGAGCAAGGAGCAGAAGCAAGCAGAGAAGGAUGCCGCUGCCGCCGCUCAACUGGCACUGGAUCGUGGGGAUGAGCUUCCGGCAAUUGCUCCCCGAGAAGAAUUACGGUUGGAAGCUUUGAAGAGGGAGCGCAGCUUCACCGAGGAGUCAAGCCCGCCCGCGAGUGUUCCCACCGUCUUCGCUCCAUUCGAGUCCAGGGAAUACCACAAGCUGUACGACACCAUCUGGAAGGAUCUUGCCCGCAAGGACAUUCCGAAGGUCGUUCGAAUCAAGGAUAAUUCCUUGGCGACGAAGCAGUCCAAUCUCCGAAAGACUGCCCAGCUUGCGUCCAAGGAAGCUCGCAGAUGGCAACUGAGGACGAACAAGAGUAUGAAGGACGUCCAGGCUCGCGCCAAGAGAAGCAUGAGAGAAAUGCUCUCUUUCUGGAAGAGGAACGAAAGGGACGAGCGUGACCAGAGAAAGAUGGCCGAGAGACAGGAGCUUGAGAAUGCCAAGAAGGCUGAAGCGGAACGCGAAGCCAACAGACAGAAGAGGAAGUUGAACUUCUUGAUUUCGCAGACCGAACUGUACUCUCACUUCAUUGGGAAGAAGGUCAAGACUGAUGAAGUCGAACGAUCAACCGAUGAUGUCGACGUUUCGAAGGCCACCGUCAAGCCGGGCGAGCCGGAUGCUCACACGGUCAACUUGCCCUCCAGCAACGCCAAUCUUGGAACCAAGGUCACCAAUUUCGAUGAUCUGGACUUCGAUGCUGAAGACGAAUCUGCCCUCCAGGCGGCUGCUAUGGCAAACGCCCAAAAUGCCGUUCAAGAGGCGCAAGAUCGCGCAAAAGCGUUCAAUCAAGGCACUGAAAGUGCUCAGUCCCAAUUCGACGACAACGAAGAAAUGAACUUCCAGAACCCCACGAGUUUGCAGAGUCUGGACAUUCCCCAGCCCAAGAUGUUGUCUUGUCAGCUGAAGGAAUACCAGCUGAAGGGUCUCAACUGGUUGGUGAACCUCUACGAGCAAGGCAUCAACGGCAUCUUGGCAGACGAAAUGGGUCUUGGCAAGACAGUACAGUCGAUCUCGGUCAUGGCUUAUCUGGCCGAAGUUCACAAUAUUUGGGGCCCUUUCUUGGUCAUUGCGCCUGCAUCGACUCUACACAACUGGCAGCAGGAAAUCACCAAAUUUGUUCCGGACCUUAAAACCUUGCCCUACUGGGGUAACGCCAAGGACCGCAAGGUCCUCCGUAAGUUCUGGGAUCGGAAGCACAUCACCUACAGGAAAGAGUCGCCGUUCCAUGUCCUGGUCACAUCAUAUCAGUUGGUUGUCCAGGAUGCACAGUAUUUCCAAAAGAUCCGUUGGCAGUACAUGAUCCUCGACGAAGCUCAGGCCAUCAAGUCCUCGCAAAGCUCUAGGUGGAAGAGUUUGCUUGGUUUCCAUUGCCGCAAUCGUCUGCUGUUGACUGGUACUCCGAUCCAAAACAACAUGCAGGAGUUGUGGGCUUUGUUGCAUUUCAUCAUGCCAAGUCUGUUCGAUUCCCAUGACGAGUUCAGCGACUGGUUCUCCAAGGACAUUGAGAGUCACGCGCAGAGCAACACUAAGCUCAACGAGGAUCAAUUGAAGCGUCUCCACAUGAUCCUGAAGCCUUUCAUGCUGCGGCGUAUCAAGAAGCAUGUCCAGAAGGAACUCGGCGACAAGAUCGAGGAGGACGUCUUCUGCGAUCUGACAUACAGACAACGCGCAUACUACUCGAACCUGCGCAAUAAGAUCAGCAUCAUGGAUCUGAUUGAAAGAGCGGCAGUGGGUGAUGAUCAGGACACUGCGACCCUGAUGAACCUUGUCAUGCAGUUCAGGAAAGUCUGCAACCACCCGGAUCUUUUCGAGCGUGCCGAAACGCACUCUCCUUUUGCGUUUUCUUCUUUUGCCGAGACGGCAUCGUUCAUGCGCGAGGGUUACAGGGUAGAAGUCGCGUACUCUAGCCGUAACCUCAUAGAAUAUCGCGUACCACGGGUCAUCGGCCACGGCAGUGGACGACUUGAUGUUGCGGGUCCAGACAAUGCCCAAGCAGGAUGGAGAGGGAAAUACUUGGGGCGCCUGAUGAAUAUCUGGACGCCGGACAAUUCUCUUCAGAGCUCACGCUCCAAUGGCGCCUUCUCCUUCCUCAGGUUUGUGGAUACCUCGCCCGAAGAGGCGGCAUCGGCGGCGUGGGAAGACGUCUUCCAACGGGCUGUGGACAUCGAGAAGAAACAGCGUCAUCUUGGACGGUUCAAGGUCGCAUACGAUGAGGACGAUGGUCAGGUUUACGUGCCUGCGCAUGCACUCUUCAACAUCGUUGAGCAGAACGAUCGUUUGCCCCUCGCGGAGAUCACCAGCGAAGGUGUCAUGUCAAGUUUACUAAACGUCUCGAAAGACGCUUACGACGACACUGGGCUAAGCAUCAUUGAGCUUGCAUCUAAGCCCGGUGCUUCCGCGCCGCCUAUCGAUCUCUACUACUCCAGCCAGAGUCUUCUCUAUGAGCAGGAGAAGACCAUUUUCAACCCUCGCAUCAGGUCGGCCUUGUCCGGCAUCAGUGGAAGGGCUGAAGAGGCGCUUUUGGAGACCAAGACGAACCCGGUCGACUUCCCGUUGACGGGCACGCUCCCUCCGCCUGCCAGCUCCCGAUCGAAAUACACGCACAUCACGGUCCCGUCGAUGAGACGUUUCGUUACGGAUUCUGGCAAGCUUGCGAUGCUCGACAAGCUUUUGAGGAAGCUGAAAGAAGAAGGCCACCGUGUGCUGUUGUACUUCCAGAUGACUCGUAUGAUCGACUUGAUGGAGGAGUAUCUGACCUACCGCAACUACAAGUACUGUCGUCUCGAUGGUUCGACAAAGCUGGAAGAUCGUCGCGAUACCGUUGCCGACUUCCAGACCCGACCAGAGAUCUUCGUGUUCCUCCUCUCGACCCGCGCUGGUGGUCUUGGAAUCAACCUGACCUCGGCUGACACGGUCAUCUUCUACGACUCUGACUGGAACCCCACCAUCGAUUCGCAGGCCAUGGAUCGCGCCCAUCGUCUCGGUCAGACCAAGCAGGUUACAGUCUAUCGUCUCAUCACUCGCGGUACCAUCGAAGAACGGAUUCGCAAGCGUGCGCUGCAGAAGGAAGAGGUGCAGCGCGUCGUCAUUUCUGGCGGAGCAGGUGCCCAAGUUGACUUCAACACACGCUCGCGCGAGAACCGUACCAAGGACAUUGCCAUGUGGCUUGCCGAUGAUGACCAGGCCGAGAUGAUUGAGCGCAAGGAGGCAGAAAUGGCUGCUGCGGAGGCAAUCGCACCCGCCAAGAAGAGGAAGGCUCCAGCGAAGAAGAAGGCGGAGGUGAAUCUGGAUGACAUGUACCAUGAAGGCGAGGGCAACUUCGAUGACGGAAGCGCGAAGCCGUCUGGCGCGGCAACUCCGGUAAGCGAGGUGCCUACCAAGAAGAAGGGUAAGGGUGUGAGCAAAAAGGCGAAGACCUUGAAGCAGCGUCUGGCGAUUGCUGAUGGGAGCGGUGACGUCAAUCCAUGA